UUGGAGAACCACUCAACUACUAGCCGCCACCGACAAUGCCAAGGUAAUUUCUUUAUUUUUACUUUUUAUUUUUUUAAAAAUGGGUGCAUUUUUAAGUGAAAUGGGGUGGUUCGGUUUGUGUUUAGUACUUAUAAAAUGAAGCACUGAGAGCAGAGCACAAUAUGGGCUCCCCUGUUUAGCUAUGUUUUCUUUGUCCAUUUUUAUUGUUUUUUGCUUGUGCUUGUGGCAGGCAGGUCAGGACUGGUAAACGAAGGCCUUUCCAUUUAUAGCUCUUUAUCAACUGAUUUUGGAAUUAAACCAGCAGUGGAGAUAUGUGCUUGGGUGGUGGAUCUGUUAGGCCAAUCCAGCAUCAAAUUUCAUCAAAACGAUGUCUGUAGAACCUGGUCCAAGUGUUUUGGGGUUUUUAGUUACUGCUUCUGUGUUGCAUGGGAAUCAUGACAUGCAAGAUCUAGCUUACAAGUUCCUUAUUCAACUAGAACCCAAAAACCCUUCAAAUUAUAUUUCGCUAUCGAACUUCUAUGCCUCUUCUAGGAGCACCAGUUCAUGCUACUUUUAGAUAUGCAGAUGGGGCUGCUCGUAGAGUAUCACAAUUUUGCCCCUACAUAGAGCUGGCCCUGCGUUUGUUGGAAGGGAUUUUUUUUUUUGGGGUACUGUGGACGUUUUCUUUAAAAAUAAAAAAAAAAAUAAAAAAUGGGGCAUCCAGCUACAAUGAUCCAGGUCAUCACAUCAGCUUAAGAUAAGGUUUUCUUUUUCUUUUUCUUCAAUUAUACAACUUGCAUUGGAUGCUGUGGUAUUGUGGUGUGUGCUGUCCAAAAAGUUGGAACAAAUAUAUAAUUAAGGGAAGGUGGUCAGAAAGAACGAAAACGCCGAAGUUUACCACUUUUUGUUGGGUGGAAUUGGACUUCAUACAUAGACAGAAAGAAAUUGCUCUACCGACAAAGAGAUAUUCUCAUCAAUCAAUCUAAAAACUAGAUCUGGUUUACUUGUUUUCGUUUUGCCGAAGAGAGAGUAAGCAGUAGAGAGAAUGGCUGAGGCAGUUGUUUCCGUUGUGCUCGAAAGUGUCAGAGACUUCACCAUUCAGGAAGCCAAGUUCUUGUCUGGUGUCAGCCGUCAAGUUGAAGCUGCACAAACUGAGCUAGAAUUCAUGCAGGGAUUCCUCAAAGAUGCAGAUGCAAGACAAGGACAAGAUACAGGAGUCCGUAUUUGUGUUGCCAAAAUUAGAGAUGCGGCUUAUGAUUUGGAAGAUAUUAUUGAAACUUAUGGCUUGAAAGUGGAUUCCAAGAAGAAGAAAAGAGGCCUCAAGAAUGUUCUCAAAAGAUUUGCCUGCAUCUUCAAGGAAGGGGUUGAUGUUCACAUGAUUGCGGCAGAAAUUGAGAAUAUCACUACCAAAAUUUCGGCGUUGAGAUCGAAUUUGCAGAGUUAUAACAUAAAGGAAAUAAGGGACAGGGACAGCGGUGGUGGUGAAUCUUCCUUGCAAUUGCAUGAAAGGCUAAGGAGAAGUUAUUCUCAUGUUGUUGAACGUGAUGUUGUUGGGUUAGAGUCCAACGUUGAAGAAUUGGUUAUGCAUUUGGUGAAAGAUGAAAACCGUCAUCAAGUUGUAUCUGUUUGGGGUAUGGGCGGUUUAGGGAAGACCACCCUUGCAAGAAAGGUUUAUCAUCACAAAAAAGUAAGGCAGCAUUUUCAUAGUUUUGCUUGGGUCUGUGUAUCUCAACGUUUUCAAGUCAGAAAUGUUUGGGAAAGAAUUUUAAUUGAACUCACUUCUGCUACCAAGGAACCAAAACAAGAAAUUAAGGACAUGACAGAUGAUGAAAUAGCAAAGAAGCUUUUCCUUUUUUUGCAAGAAAUGAGAUGUUUGGUUAUCCUUGAUGACAUAUGGAGAACCGAGGCAUGGAAUCUUUUGGAAAUUGCAUUUCCAAACGUGGAAACAGAGAGCACAAUAUUGCUUACUACACGCAAUCAAGCAGUAGCUUCGCUCCCAAAUAGAAAUGCUUAUCGCCACCAACUCCAGCCACUCAAUGAGAAUGAGAGUUGGGAACUACUUGAGAAGAAAACAAUAUCUGAAAAUGCUGAUAUCGAUUUGGGAAUGUACACAAAGAAGAGAGAAUUAGGAAUGGAUAUGCUUCGAUAUUGUAAAGGUUUGCCAUUAGCCAUUAUUGUGCUUGCCGGAGUUCUAGCAAGAAAAAACACUGUUAGAGAGUGGGAGAGAGUGCAUGAGAAUGUUCGUGAAUACAUAAGGAAAGGGACAGGUCAUGAAGAGGAAUUUAAAGGUGCAUCAUGGGUUUUGGCAUUGAGUUAUGAUGACCUACCGUAUUACUUAAAACCAUGUUUUUUAUAUUUAGGUCAUUAUCCUGAAGAUUGUAUUAUUUCGGUAAGCACAUUGACUAAGUUUUGGGUGGCAGAAGGUCUUAUCUUCUCGAGACAACAAAGACAUAGUUUGGGGAAAACAAUGGAGGAUAUAGCACGUGAUUGGUUAAGUGAGUUGGUAGAAAGGUGUUUGGUUCAAGUGGGAACAAGUGGUUCAACUGGGACAAUUAAAAGUUGCCGAAUCCAUGAUCUUGUACGAGACAUGUGUUUGUUAAGGGCAAAGGAGGAAAGUUUUCUCCAGAUUAAAUAUUCUUUGCAAGAAAAUACUUCUUCUAUGGCAGCCGAGGCAACACAAUUGGGGAAAAUUCGAAGACUUGCAAUUUACUUGGAUAAGAAUGCAGAUAUGUUGGUUUCUUCAAGAGAUGAAACAAAUGGUCACGUAAGGUCUCUAUUAUUCUUUGGCCUAAGAGAAUGGAUUCCAAAAAGUGAAAAAGGAUUACUAUCUCCGUUGAAGGAUUUCAAAGUGCUCAGAGUUUUGAAGGUUGAAGGUCUUCGGGCAAGAAGAGUAGAGUUGCCAAGUGAAAUUGGAAAUAUGGUACACUUAAGGUUUCUAAGUGUGAGGAGGAGCGAAAUAAAAACGUCUCCGCCAUCCCUAGGUAAUUUAGUAUGCUUGCAAACUCUUGAUUUUCGUGUUUCAAGUUAUAUUGACAUGGUCAUCCCAAAUGUGAUAAAGAAGAUGAAACAAUUAAGACAUUUAUAUUUACCUUGGAAUUACAGAGCAAAGGGUAAGGUAGAGCUGUCUACUCUUGGCCAUCUACAGACCUUACAUAACCUUUCAAGUGAGUAUUGUGAUUUGAAAGAUGUUGGUAGAUUAACCAAUCUUAGAAAACUGAAAAUAAGAGUGUUAGGCUCUUUGCAAAAUCUGGAGGAAAUCUUAAAAUCUACAAGCAGCACGCUUAACCGUAUCCGGUCUCUAAUUGUGAAAAAUGACACAAAUAGCGGUGAAGAGCAAGCUAUGCAAAUAGUAUCAAGUUGUCCGGGUAUAUACAAAUUGACGUUGGAUGGGCCAAUCGCAGAAUUACCGAAAGAGCUACACAACUAUCCAAACCUCACAAAGUUAGUAUUGUGGAGUUGUGGUCUCAAGGAGGACCAAAUGGGAAUACUAGAGAAGCUGCCAAACCUAACAAAUUUGAAGCUUUUUGAAAAACCUUUCGAGGAGAAUACAAAGAUACUGGUUUUCUCCAGAGGAGGAUUUCCUUCUCUUGAAUUUCUUCAUGUUUCUAGAAUGGACCAAAUAACAGAGCUGAGGGUAGAGAAAGGAGCCAUGCCUCGUCUCUGUCAAUUGUGCAUCCAAUUUUGCUCGGGAUUGACUACACUUCCAGAUGGGCUGAGAUAUCUUAUUUAUCUCAAGGAAUUAACCAUUAGAUGGAUGUGUAGAGAACUCCACCGUCGGAUUGAGGAAGAUGGAGAGGAUUUCUAUAAAAUUCAACAUGUACCUUGCCUUUUAAUUGGAGAACCACUUGAUUAACCACCGAUGCAAUGAUAGCAAGCUGCAGAUAGGACGUGACAUUGAGAAAGUAUCUCGAAUCUCUGCAACAGAGGGAGCAUGUACCAGGCUGAACUUACAGAGAGAAGAAAGAAAUGCUCUGUGAAAAUCAAGAGGAGCAAAGAUGUGGCCAAAUAGUUCAAAGUUGGUUACAAGCUUUUGGGUCUAGUUAUUACACAACUGAAAAUGAUUGUAUUAUAUUAAAAUUUCCUUGAUGAAACCUUGUAAUUGUAUUAGUCUUUCGUGUGUGUUUUCAAUUAUGAAUAUUUUAUCUCUUCGUGAGACAUACAUUUAAGAAAUCGAUAUACUGUAACGGAUAAUUUUAUCUUCAUUUAUAAGUUUUUAAUGCUGCCCUCCCUGCA